AUGACUCCAUUUGAAUCAGUCUUUGGUCAAAAAGCACGAAUGGGACUGGCAACAAAAGUACCUCGUGAAGUCUUGGAAAAUAUAAUGACAGGAACGCUAGAAGAAGAUAUGUUGGACAUGCUUUUGGAUCCAUUGACUACAUCUACUCCCACCACUCCGGAAUAUCGAAACGAUGAGGACAUAGAAGUACAAGUACUCAAUACUGAAACAAUAGAUUUAGAGGGUACGCAGAAAAAAAUUGAAUUAUUAGAAGAUAAUACUGCGCAGAAACUUGAUAACUUAAUAAAGACCACACGAAACAUUUUGGAUAUUGAAAGUGACACCGACGAAUAUAUUGAAGAGUUAGUUUCCAAUCAUCCUGCUGUAACACGACGCAAAAUUGCUGCACACAAUUUAAAAUGCCAAGCGGACAGGAUGGUAACGAGAGGCAAAGGCAUUCUCCCUCCCUUAAAAGUUGGUGACAAUGUUCUGGUGUCAAUCCCGUCGGUAGAUCGAGGGCGAGGAGAUGCUGCCAACCUUCUUUCAGUUGUAAUGGAAGAAAAAGAUGGUAAAUUUCGUAUAGCAACCAAAGAAGGAACUCUAAACACAUGGCUGGAGCGGAACAGUUUGGCUGCUACGAAGUACUGUUCCUUAACGACAACAGACGUUCAAUCAAAUGAAUAUUCGUUACGGGAACUUGUUCGAUUAGGAUCAGUUGGGACUGGACAAGGAUAUCGACGUUGUACCUGCCGUACUAAUUGCACAUCAAAAAAGUGCACAUGUAGGAAAAAUGACAUGAUGGGCGUGCCACCCAGGCAGUAG